UUAAUGAGUAAUCCAACAGAAAAGUUAAUCCUAAGUUAAUUGUUAUUCUGGCAACUUAUUAGUUGCUUCUAAUCGUUGUAUCGACUUUGGUCUGACUAAAGUCAUAAUAUUAAAAGACAAAGUCAUAACCGAAAGACAGAAGUACCAAUCCUCAAUCUUCCCUAUUGACCAGUAAUUCCUAGGAUCUGCACACCUGGGCAAACCAUCACCACACUUCCAAAUUUCCAAUCAGAAGCCUGCCGUCCUUUAUUUUUAUUUAUCUUUACGGUAAUAUUUAAAGUCCUAUAAUUUCGAAAAUGGACAAAAGAAAUUCCAGAAUUGUCAAUAAUGGUUUGAUGGACGGCUUAUGGUAAAUUACCCGAUUCAAUUUGAACAUUGCAAACAAUUGAUCAUAUGCACAUCCUGUUGCUCGACUUGCCUAAAACAAAGAAAUCCAAAUUUGAUUCUGAUUCAUGAAACUUCCUAUGGCACUAAUCCCUUCUUCUUCUUCUUCUUCUUCUUCUUCUUCUUCUUCUUAAUAUUCUUUUUAUUAUUUUUAUUUUAUUUUUUUAAUGAGCCCCUUUGUAAUCCAAAAGUCGACAAACGUCUUAUGACCUAUGAUAUGGACUGUCGUAUUCCCAUUGGAGAACUCGUACCAGCAAGAUACUCCGCAAGUACAGUCGUCUCCUUCUGACUUCACCGGACACAACAUAUUAUAUUAUCAAUCAUUCAACUUCCUACACUUUCCUCUGCGACUCCCUUCGCUCUUCCAUCUUCCUCAGCUUCACCUGACCCCCAAUCCAUGGUGGCGCCGGCGGCUGCCGCCCUGGGGCCGAUCUCCCUCUCCACCCCAACCAUAAUCACCCUAAUCAUCUGCUUCCUCUCCCUCCCCCAACGGUCAACCAGUUUCAGCCUCUGCAAACUCUCCACCUGCGGCGGUGGCAGCUCCCUCUAUCCCAUGCCCGUCCGCUUCCCCUUCCGCCUGAGAGGCCAGCAAGACGAUCCCCGGUGCAGUUACAGCCCCGCGUUUGACCUCUCCUGUGACAGCUUGGGCCAGACCAUCAUCACCCUCCCCGGCGCCGGCGAGUUCGCCGUCGACAACAUCGACUACCAGGCCCAGACGAUCGUCCUCAGCGACCCCGAUGCCUGCCUCCCGCGCCGCCUCCUCAACAACACCUCCCUGAUCUCCGGGAACUCCGCUUUCCAGCCCGUGAUCACGCGGAAGUUCAUGCUCCUCAAUUGCUCGACCGAGGCCAUCGCGGCGGUUAUGUACCCGAGGUCCAUGACGGUCUUGUGCCUCAGCGAGGAGAACUUCACCGUGAUCUCGGUGCCAUCAAGGUAUUACGACAGCUCGCACGAGUGCGAGGUGCUCGGAUCGAUCACGGUCCCCUUACUGAUGCCGUACUGGCGAAAUGUUGAUUGCGACAUAAGGUUGACCUGGGACGCGCCCGAUUGCCGGUCGUGCGAGGAGCUUGAGGGCCAGUGCGGGUUCAAGAACGACAAUGGAUCCGAGGUCGGAUGCAUCGGUCUUUCUAGCUCCGGUCUUCCGAGGGCGGCCAAGUAUGGUCUAAUCCUCGGUGCGGGGAUCCCCGGGCUCCUGUGCCUCAUCGGGUUGAUGUGCUUUGUCUCCAGGAGGAUCCGGACGUACCACCGGCGGUCUGAGCCUACAAUGGAGUUCUCGGCUAUGGCAGGCCCCCGGCCGAUGCUCCUGUCUGUGGGCCUGGAUGGGCCAACCAUAGAAUCCUACCCCAUGACACAGCUCGGUGAAAGCAAGCGACUGCCCAAGCCCAAUGACAAUACCUGCUCGAUAUGCCUGUGCGAGUACCAGCCGAAGGAGACCCUGAGGACCAUACCGGAGUGCAACCACUACUUCCAUGUGAACUGCAUCGAUGAGUGGCUGAGGUUAAACGCGAGUUGCCCCUUGUGUAGGAACUUGCCGGAGCCCUCGUUGCAGGAGAUGCCUUCGUCUUCGUUAUCCUCAUCGACAGCCUUAGCUCCUCCAGCUUAGAAGCCAUCUUCUCACUCUUGUAAAUAGUCAGCGGUUUUUGAUCGAAGGCAGGUUGCUGCCCGUAUCAUACACCUAUACCACCACACACUUAUAGAGAAAUUGAUUCAAUUCAUCUGUCUAUUCAUACACCUAUACAAUUUUUCACUCGAUUCAUUUCUCUGUUCAUCUGUCUAUAAUCCUGUCUGCACUAAUCACUGAAAUUUACGAGUUGUGAUUUCUCAUA